AUGGCUCCCACUCUCAAUUUUGACAGGGAACAAGACCAGGUACUUUUCACUGGAAAUUCUUAUGUGAAGGUAGUGAUACUAAACAGACCUCAGAAGCUAAACAGCCUUAACCAUGAAAUGGGUAAUGGAAAAGCUUUUUGUGCUGGUGGUGAUGUGGUAUCAGUGAUUACGUCUUCAGUUGCAGGACAUUGGACCUAUGCUGCUAGUUUUUACAAGAAACAGCUUAUUCUGGACCAUUUGGUUGCAACCUAUAAAAAGCCUAUAGUGUCCCUGAUCAAUGGAGUAGUCAUGGGAGGAGGAGCAGGUCUUUCCAUUCCCACAAGGUUUAGGGUUGUGACAGAAAAAGCUGUAUUUGCAAUGCCAGAGGCAUCCAUAGGACUUUUUCCAGAUGUGGGUUCCAAUUACUUCCUUUCUAGGCUUCCUGGCUAUUUUGGGGAAUACCUAGGGUUGACUGGAGCACGUUUGAAUGGAGCAGAAAUGGCAGCAUGUGGUUUAGCCACACACUUUGUGCCUUCACUGAAGCUGAAGUUGUUGGAAAACGCCUUAGAAGAUCUUAGUUCUCCAAAUGUUUCAACAAUUACUGCACUAAUAGAAACCUUUUCAGAGAAAGCAAACGUGAAAGAAGACAGCACUUUUAGAAGGAGAGGCCGGGUUCAAAAAUUUGAGGAAUGUCUUUAUCGAGACUAUAACAUUGCCUGCCACUUCUUCAGAGGAACUUUUGGCUAUGAUUUCUAUGAGGGUUCGAGAGCAAAGUUAUUCCACAAAGACAACAAGCCCAAGUGGGAGCCUUCGAAACUAGAGCUUGUUGAUGAAGAAAUGGUGGAUGAAUACUUCAGUAACCUCAAUGAUGAGGAAUGGGAAUUUCUUCGAUUUCCUGAUAGAUCCAAUUCCCAAAUUGACCAUCCAUCAACAUAUAAUGGCUCUCAGUUUCACCUUUCAGAAAGAACCAAACCAGUGAUUUUGAACAGAAUCCAGAAGCUGAAUAUCCUUAAUUAUGAAAUGCUUAGUCAAAUAAAAAAGAAUUUAGAAAUGUAUGAGAAUGACCCUUUGGUGAAACUUGUGAUAUUGAAGGCUAAUGGAAAAGCCUUUUGUGCUGGUGGUGAUGUUGUGUCAGUAAUCGUGUGUUCACUUGCAGGACACUGGACCUAUAAUUCCAUCUUCUACAAGAAACUGCUUAGUUUAGAGUAUUUUAUAGCAACCUACGCAAAACCUACGGUGUCUCUAAUCAAUGGAUUAGUGAUGGGAGGUGGAGCAGGUCUAUCCAUAAACACGAAGUUUAGGGUUGUGACUGAAAAAGCUAUAUUUGCAAUGCCAGAGGCAUCCAUUGGACUCUUUCCAGAUGUUGGGGCAUCCUUCUUCCUUUCUAGACUACCUGGCUCUUUUGGUGAGUACAUUGGGCUGACUGGUGCACGGUUAGAUGGAGCAGAAAUGGUAGCAUGUGGUUUAGCUACUCAUUUUGUGAAUUCAAUGAAGCUAAAUUCACUAGAAAAUGUCCUACAAACUGUUACUUCGGAUGUAUCAAUGGCGACAGUUAUAGAAACAUUCACAGACAAAGCAAAUCUGAAGAAAGAGAGUUCAUUAAGAAGGGAUUACACCAUUGGUGCCCACAUCCUCAGAAGAACCGUUAGCAAUGAUUUCUAUGAGGGUUCUAGAGCAAAGCUGUUUGACAAAGACAACAAGCCGAAGUGGGAACCUUCAAAGUUAGAGUUGGUGAGCGAUGAAAUGGUGGAUCAGUGCUUCAGAAACGUCAACGACGCGGAUUUGGACUGUCUGAAACUUGCUCAUCAUAGGUCCAAUUCUCAGAUUGCCAGCAGAUUGUAG